UGGUUGGUUUGCUUGUUGGUAAACCGAGUUCUCCCUCCAAAACCAGAAUAUCUGUAGAGCCCCGAAACGGAACCCACCGGAAGAAUAACCGCGUUCAUUCCAGAAAAUGGCAUCGACAUCAGCUUCAAAUCCCGAUGUAGUGGGCGAGAGAAUUCGAACUGCUGCCAGCACUCUCCAUGCCGAUAACGAGUCUCUCAUUACCGAAAUUGGCAAGGCAUUGAUUAUGAUGAAGGAAAUUGCUGUUGAUUUGGAAAGAGCUAAAGAGUUUCAGAAGGUGAAGGAUAUUGAGAAUGCUGUUGCUGAUUUGUUGAGAACCUCUGAGGAGUGUGCAUUGUAUUCAUCAGCUAUUCAGUCUGUUGGGUAUGCAUACCAGCCUACGAAUCAGCGAACUAAUUUUAAGAAGUUGCUUGAGGAAGAGUCUGCGAAACUCAAGGGCACAUCUUCAGCUCCUGAGAAUCACCCGUUUAUGCGCCAAUUCAGAGAAGCUAUCUGGAAGGUUCAUCAUGCAGGGCAACCAAUGCCGGGUGAGGAGCAGGAAGAUGUUGUCAUGACUAGUACUCAAUGUAAUCUUUUGAAUAUCACUUGCCCAUUAAGUGGAAAACCGGUUAUUGAACUGGCAGAUCCUGUUCGCAGUGUGGAAUGCCAGCAUGUCUAUGACAAGAGAGCGGUCAUGGGUUAUACAAAAUCCAAAGGUGGUGGUGCUCCGUGUCCUGUAGCAGGUUGCCCGAAAAUGCUAGUAGCAGAAAAAUUGAUAUGUGAUCCACUCUUACGGAUUGACAUUGAAGAAUUGCGCUCAACGAGCAGACAGAAUGUUGGGACCGAGGUGAUUGAAGAUUUCACAGAUUAAAGAAAACUUUUAUAUUCGUAAGAAUUUUGAAUGUUUCCGAUGGAUGUGAUUCUCGUUAGUCAUGUACAAUCCCAAGAACUGGUGUGUAAAAUUAGUAACUUAUUUAGCGUAGCUCAAACUUCUCUCGCAGGAAUGAAAUUUUAAAGGCUUACAUUUAUUUUUAAUGUAACUAUAAUAAUUAGAGGAAGAAGUAAGUUCGUAAUUGAUCACUGUAAUUCUAAUAAUACACGAAGUAGAUUAUACACCUUGUCUUGCAGAUAUAAAACACCUACUUCUUCAAUGCAGCAAGUUACACUGUA